AUGGAGAAUCCAGCUGAUACGCCAAGUAAAAUGUCAGGUCGCCCUCGGGUGGACCUGGAGCCGUACAAAGCCGAAAUCAUCGGCCUCUACGAAAAGAAAAUGAAGAGUGACGACAUUUGCAAGCACAUGAAGAGGCAGCAUGAUAUUCAGAUCUCGGCGCGUACUCUGACCAAACGCCUACAGCUAUGGGGCGUCAAGAAAAAGAUGGAGAACAAUUCCUCGAACGAAGCGCUACAUGCCCGCAUCAAAAACCUUUUCUUCGACGUGGGGCUGACCGACCAAGAGAUCGUCACCGUUCUACACGACGAGGGCUACGAUGUCUCCGCCCGUACGCUACGCAGACUCCGUCACCAGCUUGGGAUCCGCCUCCGCCUUGAUUCGCCUACGCAACAACAAGCACAGGUCCAGGAGAUCCUCGACGCUCUGACCGAGGAAAUGGACAAGGGAACCAUUGAGGGAUAUGGAAAGGAACUACUGCACAACCACUUCCGAAGCAAGGGUCGAACGCCGCACGAGAGAUAUGCAUCGGCCUCCUCCCCGCCGAAGAUUCUAGCCGGGCCUAAUUUGACCUGGCAUGUGAAUGGGUACUCAAAGCUAGCCAACUUCGGGUUCCGCAUUCAUGCCGAGCUCGAUGCGUAUUCUCGAUAUGUCCUCUGGAUCCAUGUUGGUGUGGAUGCGCAUGCGUCUGUGGGCGUUCUCAAAAACCACCUCGACACUGUUGCUUCUAAAAAUCGCCAACCUCGCACUCUUCGAUCUGACCUUGAGUCCGAGGUUCCUCUUCUAGCUGAUGCUCACUUUGCGCUCCGCCGCGUCACUGAGCCGGAUGUCCAGCGAGAGCAAUGCUGCGCUCCCGGGCGAGCCACAGAUACUCACCGGAUUGAAUCUUGGUGGGCUCAGCUUGCUAAAUCAGUAGUGACACUAUACCAUAACUAUUUCCGCGAACUUCACAACCAAGGUCUCUUCUCCUCAACAGUAAUCCCCGAACAAGUCGCCCUCCUCGCAAUCUACAUGCCCACUCUCCGCUCCCACAUCAAAUCCUACGUGCAAACCUGGAACAUGCACAACAUCCGCAAACAAGCAGACCACCCAGAACGCGCCCCUGGAAAACCCUAUAUGAACUACCACCACCCACCCAAGGGCGUAGAGAACUUCGGCCUCCCAGCCGAUGUUCCGACGCUGCAGGCCAUGCAACAAAAUCACGCCGAUUACGACACAGAGCAAUAUCUACCACCAGACACCCUGCACUGGUGUGAGAUGCAACUCCAGCAGCUGGGCUUCGAUCCCCAUAAACCGCCUGCCCGGCUCCCUGGCGACCUACAGCCGUUCCGCUCAGUUUACUUGGCCCUGCGCGAGCGAGCGUGGCAUCACGAGCGGUCUGGGGCUGAGCCGAAGUUGGCUGUUUGUGCAUUUCCUGGUCAGGGCUUACGGGGUUAUUUCCCCUCUGGGUCUGCACGGUAG